ACGCAGACAAGUACAUAGUGCAAUCACUGAUUCACGCGUACUCUCCCGCGACUUAGACUGAAUUGUUCAUCACACCAUUCCUGUCCCCUGAUGCUGCAGUCACUACAACCACCAUCGGAUCCGUUACCUGCUUUACGGGGCUGGCACCCAGGAGAACAAGCCAUUCAGGCAAUCAUCCAUCUCCCCGAGCGCGUUGCAAUCACAGCGAUCGUGGAUAGGUUGCCCGAGCAGCAUCGCAUCUUCCACACAAGCCGACUACAUUUCUUGCCCGUCACUACUCUAGACCAGCAAGGGAGACCAUGGGCAUCUAUUCUUUUCUCACAUGAUGGGAUGCCAGGUUUUAUCUCAUCUCCUACCAACGCUUUGCUCACGGUCAAAGCGCGUCUAUGGCCUGGAGAUCCAAUCAUUCAGAACCUCUCCCAAUUUCAUGAUCGAAAACUACUUUUUUCCGGGAUCGGGCUCGAGGUUUCGACUAGGAGGAGGAACAAGUUCUCUGGCUAUAUAUCCAAUGUCUCAUUGAGAGGUCUGGAUGUAGAUCUUACUUCCGUCAUCACUCAAGCCCUGGGGUUGUGUCCGAAAUACAUCAAUAUCAGGUCGAUUAUGCCAUUUCACCGGACAUCGCCACGCCUCAUCUAUGAGCGGUUUAACCUAGAGGAUAGGGAGCGCCUGCCUGAUGACGUCAUUGCAUUCAUUCAUGCAGCUGAUACCGCUUUCUUGUCCACAUCCUACGUGGCCGCCCAGGAGGAUGAAAACACUUAUCUUUCUCGAGUUGGUGUCAAUCAUAGAGGGGGUCGCCCCGGAUUCGUUCGAGUCAGACCUUCCGAUGGGAAAACUCUCGUGCUUCCGAAUUAUGCUGGGAAUCGCAUGAUGAACUCGCUUGGUGAUAUACACAUCACGCCAGUUGCUGGAAUCGUUUUUUUUUUUUUUU